GGCUACAUGUAUCGAGGAUUCUGCCGAUGUUCUAUGGGCACAAGGGUAGAGGUCCCUGCAUUUUGCUCGCUCCUUCAGAUAUGGGUGUGGACUAGGUUGAGACCUUUUCAGCCCAUACCAGCUCACCCUCCCGCUGACUAUCUUACUGUUCCGAUGCCAUACGCGCGGAGAUGGUCGAGAGGCGUACGCCGUCGUGCGGAGACGCACCACAGCCUUCUCCCGUUUAGGGAUCAGCUAGACCGCAUGACGGCGCAAACGGCUUUUAUAUGGACGCCGUAUGAUCAUAUUUUGGAUGAGCUGCCGGCGUUUUGUAGGGCUGGUCAGCACAUGUGGAUGUCGAUGUGUCCAUUGAUACAUAUGGAUAUCGUUGAGUAUCACGCGCUCGACCGCGUGUUAAGGCAGUUUGGGUAUGUACAGAAUAUACCCGCGGCUAUGGAUUGGGAGCAUGACCACUAUGCGAGGGACGAGCGUGCGGGCGUCGAUGAUACAUGGCAACUCCAUAUGCAGCAGCAGGUCUAGAGUUGGGAUCUGAGGAUG